CUUAAUUUCUUCUGCUACAAUUUACCAACGUGCUCUAUCAUAAAACCCACCAAUAAACUUCUUUAACUUCUGGAAUAGCCUUUAUUCAUCAUCAUCAUCAAUCUCUCUCAUUGUUCUUCUUAGUUGUUUCCAAUGGCUACGACCAUGUCUGAAGCUUCUUCACCGGGUACAUUAGAAAGCAGCAGCGACGAGACUGAGAGUUCUUCUGCAAGCACUCCUAAUAUUCAGAUGGUUUCGAAAACGGUAUCCGAUAGGCUGCUGGGCAAAUUCUUCGACGCCUUACAGUAUGAUUUUGAUUAUGAGCAGAGCGGACUGUGGUCUCCUCCAAUACCUUGGAAAGUUUACUUGGAUUCGCCGGGAAACAUAUGCUCAGAAGAUCAAAUGUUCUCCAAACUUACGAAAGCAAAGAAGGCUUGCAGAUGGCGAAUUUUCUGUUUUAAUGUCUUUUGGUGUUCUUGAAGCUUUAUUUCAUGGCUUAUGGAUCGCCAUUCUCCAUAAUUAACUUCAGCAAAGCCUAGUUUCGUCCACUCAUAAACUUGACGCUCCACGUUCCAUGCAUCUAAAGCAAGCAAAUCUUAGAUUUUAUGCUCAACUCGGUCAAAAAGGUCCAGUCAAAAAAGAAAUCCUAAGUUUGUCUGGCGAUUUGGCCUUGAACAACUAAAAAAAUUGCAUGUACUCAUCUACUACUGCAUGUACUAGUACAACAUUUUUGUAAUACACGAGAACUUUUCAUCUCUUGUUUUUC